AUGGGUGCCGCCGCCGCCGAGCCCCCCCGCGCCGCGGGCCUGGUGUCCAGCGUGCUGAACGACACGCUCGAGUUCUACCGCUGGACCUGGAGCAUCCGAGACAAGCGUGUCGAUGAUUGGCCCUUGAUGCAGUCUCCAUUUCCAACACUGACUAUAAGCACUAUUUAUCUCCUCACUGUUUGGCUGGGCCCCAAAUGGAUGAAGACAAGAGAGCCCUUCCAGUUACGUUUCCUGUUGGUUGUUUACAACUUUGGAAUGGUUCUACUCAACUUCUUCAUUUUCAAAGAGCUGUUUUUAUCAUCAAGAGCUCGAGGGUACAGCUACGUCUGCCAGACUGUGGAUUAUUCAGAUAAUGUUUACGAAGUUAGGAUAGCUGCUGCUUUAUGGUGGUAUUAUGUCUCGAAAGGAAUUGAAUACCUAGAUACAGUGUUCUUCAUCCUGAGGAAGAAAUUCAACCAAAUUAGUUUUCUUCAUGUCUAUCACCAUUUCACCAUGUUCACUUUGUGGUGGAUUGGUAUUAAGUGGGUUGCAGGUGGACAAGCUUUUUUUGGAGCUCAGAUGAAUUCAUUUAUUCAUGUUAUUAUGUACAUGUAUUACGGAUUAGCUGCCUGUGGCCCUAAAGUUCAGAAAUAUCUGUGGUGGAAACGGUACUUGACUAUAUUGCAGUUGGUGCAGUUCCAUGUGACUAUCGGCCACACAGCUUUGUCUAUUUAUAUUGAUUGUCCUUUUCCUAAAUGGAUGCACUGGGGUGUAAUUUUCUAUGCUAUCACCUUCAUUUUCUUGUUUGGUAACUUCUACUAUCGGACAUAUAAGCUGCCCAAGGAACCUGUAAAGAAUGGCAAAAUAGCAAACGGUGCUGUUGCAAAUGGAGUAAGCAAACCAGAAAAUAAUCCAGUGGUGGAAAAUGGAAAAAAGCAGAAAAAGGGAAAAGCAAAAGGAGAGUAACUUGAUCCAGGCCUUAACCAUUGUUGGCUGUGAGGAACCUACAGUUUGGUUUAUAAAAGGAAGAAAAAAACACUAUCUGUACCAAUUAACCUUAGGUUACUGAAGAGCUAGAACACAGAUAUUUUCAUUAUUUAUGAAGAUUGUUUUAAGAACAAAAAGUUGAAUUUCUAUUGUAAUUAUGUAAUUAUCAUGCAUAUGAUCUCUGUGUAAACUUGUAGACUGCUGGUGUUGGUGAAUGUAAGGAAGAAUUGCAGUUAAUUCUAUGUUUAGCAGUCCAAAAGUUAAAACUACCAUUGAUGCAACCAGCUUUGUUGGCACCCACAUUUCUCUGGGGAAGGGAGGGGGGAAGGAAGUAGCGUUUGAAUACUUGUGUUUUCUUUCCAGAAAUUUAUUAAAUUUCAAUUUACAAUGUAUUAUCUAACCAGAACGCGCAACUUUUCUUGUCCUCCUUGAAGAGUAUCUUCAGAAACAUCAUGUUUAUGUAUU